CAGUUUUGCUGUUUAAGCAGUUUAACAGUUUAAUUUUAUGUUUUAAAUUUUCCAGUAUUUUUUACUUCAGUAGUUUUCUUUGCAUUUUAUUUUUUAUGGUGAAUGCUUUUCGAGAUUGCAGUGCCUUCUCGGAAAACCUUAAACUCUGAAAUUUAGGAACUGUUCGCUCACUUCGCUGGUCGGAGGUUUCUUUGGAAGGCCGAAAUGCCUCGUGCGAAGAAAUAUGUCACGAAACUACAGCCGCUGACUGCGGAUGAUAUCGAAGAGCAGCUGCAGCGUACUGUUAUUAUCAAUCCGGGUUCGCGGUACAUUCGCAUGAGUCGACCAAAUGACAGAGAAGCCGUAGUUCUCCCUCACUGCAUUGCACGGAGACUCCGUAAGCGAAAGACCUCCGUGUCAUCGGACGAACCAUCUUCCGAGGAGCCAGCCAAAACCGUACCAACGACGCCGCCGCUACCCGAACCCUUUUUCGAUUUGGAUGAAUUUGGAGCCACGAAGGAAUUUAAGUCAGCACUGGCAGCUGCUGAAACCUGGCUUAAAGAAAACACCAACGAAGAAAAGGCGCCCGGGAGAACAUAUUGCUCAUUUGAGGCGAAAGAGAGCGAAGAGAAUGUCCCUGCAACGAAGGAAUUUGCUGUUGGUAAUGAAGCUCUGGAUAUUAUUGCGUUGAAUCCAAACUACAUUUUGAAUUGGCCCUUACGACUGAAACGUUUCAAUACACAUGAAGGCCCGAAUGGCUCUCGUUCAGCUGUCGCGGCAGACUUGGAAGACAUAUGGGAUCGUAUUUUAACGGAAGAACUCAAAAUUCCUCAAUCUGCGCGCACAGAGCACCGCGCUGUGCUGAUUGUUCCUGAUAUUUACGACCGCAAUGACGUGCACGAUAUGGUGGAAAUUAUUAUGAACUCGCUCGACUUUUUUGCCUGCUUUGUUGUGCUUGAAAGUGUCGCGUCUGCAUUUGGAGCGUGCUUAUCGUCGGCAUGCGUGGUCGAUGUAGGUGCCGAGUGUACGCUAAUUUCCUGCGUUGAUGAUGGUAUUUCUAUUCCGGACACCAGGAUUUUGCUACACUAUGGUGGAGAAGACAUUACCCGCUUAGCCAACUGGUAUUUUCAGCAGAAAUUCCGUGCUUUCACCCUGCGAUUGAAUACGUAUGCCAACUGGAUCAGGAUGGACGCAAUUAAAGAAGCACUGUGUCACUCUGAUUUUGCUCUACAAGGAAUUGUCGAUCAGGUGAUUAAAUUGCCCUCGCCGGAUAGAGAAGAGACGGUGCAUAUGCGAAUGCCGCAUGAAUUUGCACGAGUGCCAUGCAUGGCAUUGUUUUUCCCCGGAUUGAUAGCUCCUGAACGGCUGAAUAAUUUGGUGAGAUACCAUCAGGGCUACGAAGGUUCUUGUGAAGACAUAUACGGAGGAACUGGUAAAAUGCCUAAAAAAUCUCCGAAGAAAGUUCAGAAACCGGAAGACGACCAAAAUGUUUCCAUGCAGAAUGACACUGAAGCUGCUCAAACGGGGAAUGGGAAUUCAGCAAGUGAACCGGCAUCCGGGCAGUUUAUUGAGCUUCAUAAAGCCAUUUACUGGAGUAUUACGCGGUGCGCUUCCGAUGACCAGCAGAAGAAAAUGCUGAGAAACAUCCUCGUUGUCGGAGGUGGAUUGGGCUUCUUUCCUGGCGUGCUGAAUUUACUGCGGCAGAAAUUGGAGGAAGUGGUUCCGCCAACACAAGAAAUCGUGUUAACGACAAAUUCCAGAGAGGUGCCACCCGAUAUUCAUGCUCCAAAAGGUGCUUCUAUAAUGGCUGCUUUGGAAACUGCUCAGUUUUUGUGGAUCACGAAAGAAGAAUGGUCCCGAUUCGGUGUGAAGAUUUUACGCGAGAAAUCGUGCUUUGCCUGGUGACAUACUACAGUAACAAAUCAAAAUCCAGAAAUUACAAGACAGCGCGCUACAUUACUUUCUCUUUCGGUGAUCUCUGGAUUUCGAGUCUCUGUUUAUCCUUUGUAUUGAUUUUUAUGUUUCAGUAGGUUUUGUUACAUCUUAAACCUGUCAUAUGCAAAAUGACCAGGUUAUGUUACCACUGUUAAUGAGUGUUGACUGUGUUGUGUUAACGGA